GAGGCAAGCCCGUCCCCCCCGAACCUAGCCCCCCCAGUGCCCCGCCCCACUAAGCCCCAAGCCGUCAGCACCGUUGCAAACCUUCGGUCCCCGGGCGGAGGUGCUGCAAGUCAGCGCUGACGAAUCGCGAAAAGAAUUCGGGCACUAGUAUGCAGUGCACAAGAGAAUGUUGUAUAUUUCGAGAAGAAGAAUUUCAAGAAAAGCUUACUGCUUAUUACGUUCAAGAAGUGCUCUGUCUUCACGGGAGCCGAGCAGCGAUGCCCUUCCCAUGGGCGGCGUCCUGGUGUGUUAAACCAACCUGAUAGGACGUCACCCAGUGAGGAGAAGGCAAGGCGUUUUCCGGGAGCAUGCUCGGCUUUAUGAUUGUCAUCUCUAUUCACGUUUUUCGUCUCAUACUCAUUCUCGUGCAUCGAGUCUCAUCGAUAUUCUGAGACUAAGUCUGGGCCUUUUCGUCCGCCAAACAGUAGAGCUACUUAGUGAUCAUUUUAUGUUAAAUCAAUCUUCAUACGAGGAACAAUGAUGACGAUCCUCAGGAGCCUCACGAAGACGAACCCGAUCUCAGUCUCAUUUUGAUGUAGCUGUACUUGUACUCUUGUUGUGCAGCCAACGAGAACACAAAGACACAACUUCUACGUGUUGAUUACAGACCUGAGCUAUGAAAGAACUGUUUGAAUUGCUCAAGAGCAAGAUCAGAAGGACCGGGCUCCAUUUCUCCUCAAGCGAGGAACUUUGAGUUUCUAAGAGUAAGAUCCAUGUCCUGUGCCACGCAUAUAAUAAUUCAUACUGAUUUUUUAUAUAUGCGCCUUUGACUUUUUAUUGCUCUCCUCGUGCAUUUUUCAGUGAUGCUGAUGUUCUUGGUUUGCAGCCAUCGGUCGUUCGCGCCCCACGGUGUAGCUACAUCUGAUAAGCAGGCAAGGUUCGUAGCAGGCUCAUCAAUUUUAUAGCUUGUUGAGCAUCAAACCCAAUUAUAGAUAUUGAGUCUUUAUCAAGUGAAGCUGUUUGAAGACUAUUCACAAUUCGCUAACAUUCAUUGUCGGGAAUUUCCUUGACCAACGCACUACAGUUUGUUUCUAAGUACUAUGGAACUUCUGUUACUGUAGGUGUAGCCCCACAGUAAUGUCAGUCCAUCAGUUUCAUCGCCAUCCUCAUCCUAGUGCACCUUCUCAUGCCGGUUUGUUGUUAUCGACAUGGACAAGAUCCGGAACGAUGCCCCGACGUGUCUACCACACCAAAACGGCCACGCCAUCGAGGAAUGCGAGCCCUUGCUGGAGGCAACACAGCUGCAGCUUCGAGCAUCAGCCUCCUCGAGACGAGAAGGCAGAGGCACAAACCAGCCGACUCUUGAUCAAACAGCACCAGUAUCCGCCGCCGGCCGCGAAUAUUACGGCGGCGCUCUUCCUCGGGCUAGGGGCACGAGCUCCAGCUCCUACGCGACGCGUCGGCCGCCAAAGUUCACUCUGCUUCGCCGUGGAACCACGGGCGGUAGAUCAAGUUGUGCUACGAAGAGCAGGGCCGCAGUACUAGAACACUACACUUACAAGCUGCCUGCCGGAAUAAACCGCGAGGAGCAGCCCGACCAUGAUGUAGCUCGGCGCGGCGAGCGGAGAGCUGCACCAGCUGUGCCUGAUUACAUCGGCUCCAUCGCACGUCGACCAUCCAGUACCAUCACACGUCCCGAGAGUGUUGUGGUUCCACUCAAGCAAGAUAAAUGUGAGUGGCGGAGGAACUACAUGGACCACAACCACAACGGAUUCGCCUUCGCUGGUGCUGGUGGACGAGAUAAAAAAUAUUGUGACGCGGCAGAUGAACAAGCUUGCAGCAAAAACAGCGGUUCGUCGCCGAGUUCAUGCCGGUCGUCUGCAGCUGAGCAGGAAUACGGCUUGAGCGGAUCCUCCUCGUGCAUAUCCAGUUCCUCCACGUCACCGCAUGGUGCGUCUACGAGCACGUCCUCUUCGACCGCAUCACCAAGAUUUCUGGUAUCCCGAACCGAUAAGGAGAAGAACGCAAGCGUCGACGCUGACGAGGGCCGCGGUAUCCACAGGAGCCUCCUGACGCAUCAUCCACGACGAGGGACAAAGGCUAGCGGGACCACUCCCACUUCGCCCGAGGACGAAGCUGCAAAGACGCAGCGUGGAAACAACUGCAGCCGAGAGCAGCAGUCAUCAAGCUGCAGCAGAUCGGCUUCAACGACUUCCAGUAGAAACAGCUGCAGAAAAAAAACAUCUCCGGCGCGGGCAAGGAGAAGAAAACGACGCACUGUUGGCACCAGAGGGAGGGCGAGGAGUAGUCUUUCCGGGGAACAAGCAGGAUCCAAGGUUUCGGCACGCGAAAAGUCGCACAAGAAUUUGAAGUCUUCUGCCACUGCAAGCGAGACGGAUGCUGGUGUGCUGGACCACGUUGACUAUUCGACGAGAAACUCGACCAACAAGUGCAUCGAGGUGAUAACGCUGAAACGGCCUCCCAAGAAGCGCGUGUUUUUGUUUUCCGCCCUCUUUGUUGUGCUAACCGUGAUUCUUGCGAUCGCUUUUCACAUCGAAUGGGCACCGCCAACGGUUGCGCCCCCGGCGAAUGGUGCCGGUGUGGUACUACUGGCACCUGCUGGCGCAACCGUUGCAUUGGGAAACCACGGAGAUAAGCUAUACAGCAGGGGGGCGAAAAGCGAGGGAGUGCCUCGACCCGCCACUGAACGUAGUACCAAGUUCAUUGCUGCCAACCCGAGAAGUGGUCGGAGAGCAGGCGGCAAGGAUGAAACAAACCGGACUGCGUCGCUUCAUCAUAGUACACCGCCAAAAAUUGGUGCACAAGCAGGUCGACGCAACGCUGGUCGCGAUCGUACCGGAGCCACGGGAACCCUCCGGUGGAGCAGCGCAGCCCGAGAAUUGGACGGGGUUGUGCGGCCCCGGGUCGGUCCUCUGGUGCAAGAGUUCCUACACGACGAUCCUCCCAGCCUAGAGCAAGCGGAACUAGACCGAAGGUGGCGCAUCGCGAGACAAGUUUUAGUGGACGCACCCGCGCGAGAGGAACAACGAUUUGCACAAGUCCUUGCCGCAGCGGCGCGUACGAAUGCGCAAAUUGGUAGACCGCGGGGAGCUGCAACAGCACAGGCAAGCCUGUCCGCAGGAGCAGUGCCACGUCCUGCACCGAGGGCAGGUCCGACUUGAGAUAGGUACUUCCGUUUCUGCGACGAGCUUGCAGCUCUACUCCGCGUCCGCGGCAAUUGCAAGGAGCACAAUGGACGUUGAGGAUCCGUGUCUUCGUGAGGACGAGGCCGCGGCCUGCUCCUAAUUUUCGAAACAUGGACUGCGAAAAAGUAGAAUGUGAUGAGUAGCUAGUAGUUCUUGUACUGUUUGAUUCAAAUACUUCUUUCCCACUCCACCAGGGAUGGAAUCACUAUACCGCUCACGAGUGACUCUCACCUCCCGUUUCUAGCUAAAAAUGCUGAUAAUGAUAUAUCAACAUUUGUGUAUAUACUCAAAAAUAGCUUCACUUAUCCUGCUUCAUGUGGGAAGAUUUUCACUGAUUGAAAUCAUUAUCCACAAAAAUCCACCUCGUGAAGUAAGUGAAGCAAAUUGGAGCCCACGACUCGACGCAUAUAAUAUACCCGAUAGAUGAAAACUACCCUUGCAUUGACGAAUUUGAAUUACAUACUCUUUUUCGUGCUAACAAGAUACCGACCACGACCUUCACGAAGAAAAAACAUUCGACAGCUUGCUCGGGCUAAAGUUAUUAUAGCUAAAUGUAAGAUGUUGUGGACAUCUUGACUAUCAAUGUAAUUGGACACCUUUUUUUGAACGCUCCUCCUG